AUGAAUGAGCGACCUGAUCACCUGCCCCAUGUAACUGAAUUUACAGACUAUGUGACAACAACGUGGGUUGAUGAUGACUCCUUGUUCAAGGUAGAUAUGUGGAACCAGCAUGGCAACAUUGGUCCUAGAACCAAUAACCACCUUGAAGGGUGGCAUUCCAAGCUGAACCGUUCUCUUACAAAAGCUCACCCUAACAUUUAUGAGUUCAUAAAUAAACUGAAGGACGUUGAAGAGAAAACCAGAAGGACACUGAUCCAACUUGACCAUGGGGCAGCUCCAGUACCACGAAAGCGGGUGUAUCGUGAUACUGAUACACGCAUUAUGAGGCUGAAGAAUCAACUUCAACAAGGCCGCAAAACUCCUUUAGAGUUUUUAGACGCUGCCAGCCACUUGCUAAAAUUGCAGUUGUAA